AUGUCGACUUCAUCAUCAUCAACAACUACUACUACUUCGACAUCGACAUCUACAUCAAGAUCACCACAACAACAUUAUAAUAAUAUAAGAUCAUCGAAUGAUGGAAUGUCACCUGGCCUUGAGUCAAUGUCAAACUUUGAUGGUAGAUUGGUAGUAAUAUCAAAUAGAUUGCCAGUGUCGUUGAAGAAGGAAGCCGAUGGCACUUGGACGAGCAAGAUGAGCAGUGGCGGUCUGGUCGCCGCACUCUCAGGCCUCAAAUCAACUAAUUACAUAUGGGUCGGAUGGAUUGGCUCCGAGAUCGAAGAGGCAGACCGCGAGUUUGUCAAGAAGUUGCUCUAUGAGAAGCACAGCUGCAUCCCAGUGUUCCUCAGCGAGAAGGUUGCCAACGAUCAUUACAAUGGAUUCAGUAAUGGAGUGCUAUGGCCACUGUUCCACUACCUACCUGGCAACCUGGACUAUGAAGAGAGCAUCUGGGACGCCUACGUCGAGGCCAAUCAACAGUUUGCCGAUGUCGUGCUCUCAAUCUACACGCCCGACGACUUACUCUGGGUGCAUGACUACCAUCUCAUGCUGAUGCCCGAGUAUAUCAAGAAGAAACAACCCGAGGCCAAGAUUGGCUUCUUCCUGCACAUUCCAUUCCCCUCGAGUGAGAUCUUCCGUGUGUUGCCCUGUCGCAAGGAGAUCCUGAUGGGUGUGUUGCACUCCAACCUCAUUGGAUUCCACACCUACGACUAUGCCCGACACUUCUUCAAGGCGUGCACGAGGAUGGUGGGCCUGGAGACCGCGCCCAACGGUGUUUACCUCAACGGACAGUUCGUACCAGUUGGUGUGUUCCCCGUGGGCAUCGAUCCAGACAAGUUCUUUGAGUUGCUACAGACUGAGAAGGUCAAGAAUAGGAUUGAAGAGCUCAAGCAGAACUUUAAAGGACAAAAGAUCAUCAUUGGAAUUGACAGAUUAGACUACAUCAAGGGUCUUCCACAAAAGUUAGAAGCCAUGGAGAAGUUAUUCCAAAAGUAUCCACAAUGGAAAGGGAAGUUGGUCCUCAUCCAGGUUGCCGUUCCAUCUAGACAGGACGUUGAGGAGUACCAAAAGUUGAAACAAAACGUAGAGGAGUUGGUCGGUAGGAUCAAUGGACUUUAUGGCUCACUGGGACAACAGCCCAUUCAUUACUUGUUCCAAUCUGUAGACAUGUCCGAGUUGACGGCGUUGUACAGUGUCUCGGAUGCAUGUCUCAUCACAUCGAUCAGAGAUGGAAUGAACCUGGUCGCCCAAGAAUACGUCUCAUGUCAAACAGAGAAGAAAGGUGCACUCAUCCUAAGUGAGUUCACAGGAGCCGCACAAUCACUAAGUGGAGCAUUAAUAGUUAAUCCUUGGAACACUGAGGAUGUGGCCGACUCGAUCAAUGAGGCGUUGUUGAUGUCGGACAAGGAGCGCGCAGAGAAACAUAGUAUGUUGUUUAACUUCAUUGUUAAACACACUGCCAGUCACUGGGGCAAUGGAUUCGUUAGCGAGUUGUUCAAGGCCAGUUCCAAAGCCGACAGGCUCAGCGCGACACCCGAGCUCAAUGUUGACAAGGUGGUCGCGGCAUACAAAGCCAGCACCAGGAGACUUCUCGUGUUGACGUACGACGGCGCACUCAUCCCUUUCUCCAACCAUCCACGAUCGUGCAAGCCAUCUGAGGAGCUGCUCACCAUGCUAAAGAAGCUGGCCGCGGACAAGGGCAACGAGAUAUACUUGAUGAGCGGCAGGGACAAGAAGACACUGGGAGAGUGGUUCAGCGGCAUCAACAUUGGACUGUCGGCAGAGUUUGGCUGCUUCACCAAGAAGUGCGACUCGAAUGAAUGGGAGCAGAUGUGCCCUCCAAUGGACCCCAACUGGAAGGAGAGCAUCCGUCCACUGUUCAAGUACUUCACGAUCCGCACUCCCGGCUCCUUCUUUGAGGAGAAAGAGAUGCUGUUCACCUGGCACUAUCGCAAUGCCGACCCUGCCUUUGGUUCGAUCCAGGCGCGUGAGCUGCACCUCCAUCUGGACAAUCUGCCGCUGGACGUGAUCGUUGGCGAGAAGACGCUGGGCGUGCGAUCCAACAACAUCAAUCCGGCGACAUCCAUUCGUCGCGCAGUCUUGGACCUCGUGCCCAAGGGUCUGGACUUUGUGCUGAUGAUUGGCGACACGCACAUCCAUCAGAGUGAGUUGCCAGUGGUCAAUGGCACCAUGUGCACCGUAUCAGUGGUCAGCUUAGCCAGAAUUGUCCACUUCCAGGAUGUUCCAAAGAGUGAUCCAAAGAUCUGA